AUGGAGAAGGCUCAGAUUGGAUCACUCAAAAAUCACUACCUAUUCAGACAUAAAAGCCAUCCAAGACGGUCUCGAAGAAGUGCCAUUCAUAUCACUAAAAGACUUUCUGAUGAUGAGCGGGUGUCGUGGGCAGAGCAGCAAUAUGAAAAAAAGCGAACUAAGCGUGCCACCGUGAGAGAGACAGCAGAAAAUCUUUUCAAUGAUCCCAUGUGGAAUCAGCAGUGGUAUCUGCAAGAUACAAGAAUAACUCCGUCCCUGCCCAAACUGGAUCUCCAUGUUAUUCCUGUCUGGCAAAAAGGGAUUACAGGCAAGGGUGUUGUCAUCACAGUACUAGAUGAUGGCUUGGAGUGGAAUCACACUGACAUCUACACUAACUAUGAUCCACAGGCAAGUUAUGAUUUCAAUGACAAUGAUCAUGAUCCCUUUCCUAGAUAUGACCCAACAAACGAAAACAAGCAUGGGACACGGUGUGCAGGAGAAAUUGCCAUGCAAGCCAACAACAGAAAAUGUGGAGUUGGAGUAGCCUACAAUUCCAAAGUUGGAGGUAUACGCAUGCUGGAUGGCAUAGUCACCGAUGCUAUUGAAGCCAGUUCAAUCGGUUUCAAUCCAGAACACGUGGAUAUUUACAGUGCAAGUUGGGGCCCUAAUGAUGAUGGUAAAACUGUGGAGGGACCCGGGAGACUUGCACAGAAGGCUUUUGAGUAUGGGAUAAAACAGGGCCGAAAUGGGAAAGGCUCCAUUUUCGUAUGGGCUUCUGGGAACGGAGGCCGUCAGGGUGACAACUGUGACUGUGAUGGUUACACUGAUAGUAUCUACACUAUCUCCAUUAGCAGUGCUUCUCAGCAAGGCCUUUCUCCCUGGUAUGCAGAGAAGUGCUCUUCAACUCUGGCCACAGCAUACAGCAGUGGGGAUUAUACUGACCAAAGAAUUACAAGUGCUGAUCUUCACAACGAAUGUACAGAGACUCACACUGGGACCUCUGCAUCUGCACCACUGGCAGCAGGGAUCCCUGAUCUAACAUGGAGGGAUAUGCAGCACUUGGUAGUGUGGACCUCAGAAUAUGAUCCACUGGCUGGAAAUCCAGGAUGGAAAAAGAAUGGAGCGGGGUUGAUGGUCAACAGCCGAUUUGGGUUUGGACUACUCAAUGCCAACGCGUUGGUAGAGUUAGCUGAUCCCAAAAGAUGGAAAGGUGUACCAGAAAAGAGAGAGUGUAUUGUCAAAGACAAAAGCUUUGAACCAAGGUUAUUAAAAGCAAAUGAGGAAGUCAUCAUUGAAAUUCCCACAAAAGCCUGCGAGGGUCAAGAAGACUCCAUUGCAUCUCUGGAGCAUGUGCAGCUUGAGGCAACGAUUGAGUAUUCCCGUAGAGGUGAUCUUCAUGUCACUCUGGUAUCUCCAUCAGGGACCAACACUGUCUUACUGGCUGAGAGAGAGAGAGAUAAAUCUCCCAACGGCUUUAAGAACUGGGACUUCAUGUCUGUUCACACAUGGGGAGAGAAUCCAAUAGGCACCUGGGUUUUAAGAAUUACUGAUGUGUCCAGAAGAAUACAAAAUGAAGGAAGGAUUGUAAAUUGGAAAUUGAUUUUGCAUGGUACUGCCACCCAGCCUGAACAUAUGAAGCAGCCACGUGUAUAUACAUCCUACAAUGCUGUGCAAAAUGACAGAAGAGGAGUGGAGAAGAUGACGGAAUUUGUAGAGGACCAUACUACACAGGAGAACCUGAGUGAAAAACCCAAACUCACAGAAGAUACCAGUAGUAGCAGUGACAAAGCAGAAGAUAAAAUCCCAUCAGAGGCUAUGCUACACUUACUGAGAAGUGCUUUUAGCAGACAGAUGGCUCAGAAGCGACUGCCAAAGAAGACUGCAAGUGAGAAGUCAAAUAUUCCAUAUGAACACUUCUAUCAAGCCCUCGAAAAGUUAAACAAGCCCUCCCAGUUAAGAGACUCGGAAGAAAAUCUGUACAGUGACUACGUUGAUCUUUUUUACAAUGCCAAACCAUACAAGCAUAGAGAUGAUCGACUGCUGCAAGCCUUGGUUGAUAUUAUAAAUGAAGGGAACUAAACUGUAGGGUAUGGCACUGAGUUGGAAAUAUUCAUUCUUCCCACGCCACCUGUAGUUUUUUUUCCAGAAGUCUGUUGUAUGCUCUA